AUGUCCAAUAGCAGCUCCAUCAGGCACUUCCUCCUGCUGGCAUUGGCAGACACGCGGCAGCUGCAGCUCCUGCACUUCUGCCUCUUGCUGGGCAUCUCCCUGGCUGCCCUCCUGGGCAACGGCCUCAUCAUCAGCGCCGUAGCCUGCGGCCACCACCUGCACACGCCCAUGUUCUUCUUCCUGCUCAACCUGGCCCUCAGCGACCUGGGCUCCAUCUGCACCACUGUCCCCAAAGCCAUGCACAAUUCCCUCUGGGACACCAGAGACAUCUCCUACGCAGGAUGUGCUGCUCAGAUCUUCAGGGCUGUGCUGAGGAUCCCCUCUGAGCAGGGACGGCACAAAGCCUUUUCCACCUGCCUCCCUCACCUGGCUGUGGUCUCUCUGUUCCUCAGCACUGGAACAUUUGCCUACCUGAAGCCCCCCUCCAUCUCCUCCCCAUCCCUGGAUCUGGCCCUGUCAGUUCUGUACUCGGUGGUGCCUCCAGCUCUGAACCCCCUCAUCUACAGCCUGAGGAACCAGGAGCUCAAGGCUGCAGUGUGGAGAUUGGUGACUGGACGAUAUCAGAAACAUUAA